AUGUUGAAUAAUGUUGAACGAAUAUCACCGUUAAUACCGAAAUUGAAACAACAGCUAAUUUUCUUAGAAGAACGUGAGAAAUUAUUCAGAAAAAUUGAUGAUGGUUCAAUUUCAUGUGAUGGUCCAUUAUCUAAUACAUCUACAAUACCUAAAACAUCAAUAUUUACUUUACCAAAUCCUCAAACAUCACCUGCUGUUUCAAUUAAUUCAAAAGCAUCAUCUACAAUUAAUUUAUCAAACACAAAUCUUUCAUCAACAAUGUCUAUGGAUAAUUCAAUAACUGAUCAAGUUAUUAUUGCUGCAGGUGUAUCUUCAUCUUUUCCAGAUGUAUAUGAAGUACCAACAUUACCAAAAGCUUUAUCGAAAGAUAUUGAAGCUGGAAAUCUCAAAAGUUUUGGUCCACAUUGUCAAGGUCGACAAAUAUUAAUCGAUGCAGUAGCUCAUGAUCUGAUGGAAAAUUAUAAUUUACUCUAUCUAUCAAAAACACAAUAUAAUGUCGUUGGUUCUGCCCUUGUACGAUGUUUGAAAUUACCUUCAACACCAGAAAAUUUAGCCAUUUGGAAAGAUGCAUUACAAACCAAAUUAAAACGAACACGUGCUGAUCAUCCAAAUAACACACUUGUUCAAGAAUUUCGAUUAAAAUAUUCAAAGUUGGGAUCUGGACGUCCAGUUAAACAAAAAAUAGAUGAAUUUGCUGAACGUGAUAGACAUAAACAGGUAACUAAUAAUUAA